AAGAAUUUAAAAAUUUCCGCCCGAUAAAUGAUUAUUUACUGCUCUGCAGAAAUAGAGCCCAGCAUCUCUGUUAGCUACAUUGAACAAGGUAAGGCUAUAGUCUUCACUGCUGAUGACGCCAUUGGUCACCAAUGUUGAGUGACCAUUUCUGUUCCUGUACCACGUCACGGUUAGUGAGUUUAGCCUGGAUACACUCAUGUGGCAAGGAAGGGUAGCAUUAGCCCUUUUUAUUGCUUGAACGCUCAUGGUCCCAGCUCAAAUGGUGUACAUGUAUAAUAACUUGUGUGUUGAUUAUUAUGAGCAGAUAGCUAAUUGCAGCACGAGAUGGUUUAGAGUCUCAUCAGAGAUGUUUAUUGUUUAUUAAGACACGCCCAAACUUGCAGAGUAUGAUGAUCUCCUUACUUUCUCUCGCUUUAUUUUCUCUAUUAAUCCAGAGGCACAUUGUUUCUUCUCAGAGUACCCCAUACGAGAUAAGAUUUACUAGUCCUGCGCCUGGGGGCAAUGCCAUAACUCUUCAAUGCAGUGGUACACAUGGAACUCCAGUGGCUGGAGCCAGUUUCUACAGGAACAGCCAGGGUAUCACCAACAGCAGUUGUUUGACAGCAUAUCCUACGAGUGGCUCAUCUGAGCUGAGGGUUGAGCUACAGUCCCAGGAAUGCGACGGUUUUUUUAGUUGUGGUCUUAAUGGAAUCCUCUCCCUUUCUCAAGAAUUUCAUGCUUGUCCUGUAAAGAAUGUUACAGAAACCACAACAGUAGAGAUUGAAGAGGGAUCAAGUGCCCUCUUAACCUGUAACUUUUUUCCUUCGCCCAUUAAAAAUUAUACAACAGAAUGGUUCAUUGGCAUUGGCAGUAAUGCAAGGCCAAUUGAAAAUUCAACUAGUGAACACCUUCAAAGCUACCUUUUACAAAAACCUGAUCAACCUAACAAAUACUAUUGUAAAAUACAGAUACAGUCAUCUACUAAUUCGCGUUGUUCGCCAUCUGACAUUUCGUCUAUAAUUAUGGUUCAACUGAAGAAGAAAUAUGAAAUGCCAACAAUAACACAAGAUCUUAACUACACAAUGGAUAGCAAUGGCGAAGGUGCUUUUACUGUGACAUCCCGUGGUACUAAUCUAACGCACAAAUGGUAUAAGGAUGGUGGAUUGAUCAAUAGUACUGGAGAUAGCAUAUUAGAGAUAAGUGAUACUUCAUUAAGAGUAAAGGAAGUCAAUGGGUCACUGAGGAUAGCGUAUGUAGUGUCUAAUGUUGAUUAUGAUAAUACAUCACAUUCGAUGAGGCAAGCAUUUGGAGUAUAUAAUGUUUCAUGUGGUGGGAUUACAGAAGAUUCAAUGGAAACACUUGCUGUACCAAUAAUGGGAACAGUCAUUGGUAUUCUAAUCAUAAUCUGCUUAAUACUAGUACUUUGCCUUUACAUUAUUUAUAAGAAAUAUAAAAGUGCCUCAGAAAAGACAGUUCCAGUAGAGUUUACAAGGAGAGAUGGCAGCACUGUUACAGAAGGCAAUAAUGACAUGCGAUGUGAUGAGGUUGGUGGUUUGCAAAGAUUAGCAGAGGUGACACAUUCAAGUGAGCAAUGUGAUCAUGGUUGCAUGACGUGCAAUUACGAAGAGAGUAUGAAACCUGAUGAACGCUUGUCUCUUUUUGCAAUGAGGAUGGUGAAAGACUGCACUGAUGAAAGUGAUUUUCUCAAAUUACUCCUCGAGUUCCUGUUGAAGGCCAAGUAUAUGAAGAAAUAUAACAAUAAGUGUCGUGAACUAUGUAGCAAAAUGAUUCAUGAAGUUGACACUCUCAUGGAAGAAAUAGAACCUCAAGAAAGAGAUGCAACUAGAAAGAUAGGCCUUGAUGGAAGUAAUGAACAUCUUCUUAGCGAUAAUCAACUUUCUAAUGAUCAGCAUGAUCGUUAUAAGCAAUAUCAAGACAUACGCAAAAUUUUGCAAGAGAUUGCUUCGAAAUAAUAAAGUGCUGACUAGUAUGCCGAACUUAAUUUUACUUUAGUUUGUUGCUGUUUUUAGAUUGUCCUGUUUUUAGUUUUAAAUUGAAUUGUCCUGUUUUCAUUAAACCAAGACAAUAUUUUUAGUUUUUUGUAUACAAUACUAACUGUAUAAAUCUAAA